AUGGCGGCUGUGAAAUGGAUGGAGGACGAAAGCGAACAAUAAUCAAGAGUGACGAUUAACGCGCUUGUCGUUUACAUUUCCUGCAUUUGGAGAAGAAAAUGGCUGACCUGAAGCAGAAUGCCGGGGAGGAGGAUACCGUGGACCCCGUGUCUAACAAUGCAGAUGCCUCGCAGGAGCCGUUCAAGAGUCAGACGUCCUCUCUGAAGAACAGUGCUCUAAGACCGCCAUUGCAGGUGCCCUCGGACGACCCUGAGAAGCCUCUAAACGGAACGCAGCCGACGCACAGCAGCACCCCCUCCAGCGAGCCGCAACCCGGCACCCUUGUUAACGGACCUGGUUCACACAGCGACCCGGAGGAGCCGGGAGCAUCACCGGGCGAAGCCUCACCUCGGCGUGUCUUCAGCGAGACCAGGUCCAGAGGCCGGAAGAGUACGCCGAGUUUUGUAGCCAAAACUGUGCCGGUGCAGAGUGAGACCAGCGCCACGCCACCUGGGGGGGAUGACGGCGACUUUGAGGUACCUGUCCAACUUGCGGAAGAGAACCAGGACGGGAUGCCCGUUAGCCAAAUCAGGUCUGCCGAGGGACGUGACAGUAGACGGAUAUGGGACUUCAACAUGGAGUCCUCCGAGAGCUCCUCGGACGACUACGAGAGCAUUCCCGACUCCAACUGGGACCCCCAGAAGGAGUUCAUGCAAUUCUUGUGGAGCGAUCACGAUGAUCCGGAGCUGGAAAAGACACGAGAAACGACGCCCCCUCCCCCAGAACAGAGACGCAGAAAGCGCAAGAUGCGGGUGGUGGAGGUGUCCGACCCAUCCGAGAGCCUCUACGCGUUCAAAAGCUCACCGGUACACGACGGCUCCAACUAUAAGGAGGAGCCGUUUCUGGACGCCGCGUUCGGGAGAAAGCAGAGUUCCCAGAGUUCCGCGGACCCGUGUGAGCGGUACCCGAGUGACACCGUAGAAGCCAUCAAGCAGCUGAUCCUGAACGCGCCGGGCAAAAAAAGCCUGGACGGCAACGGCAUCCACGACUCAGAUGUGGGUGGCAAAGUGAAGCAGCUCAAAACCGGCCCCCUGAUGGAGCUGAGCUCCGAAGAGGAGCCAUCCUUUUUCCCUUGCACAAAGUGCAACGUUAACUUUAAAGAGAAGAAGCAUUUGCAUAGACAUAUGAUGUAUCAUUUAGACGGGAACAAUCAGGUUCGGCAUGUAAAUGUGCCGCGGCCCUUCAUAUGCAGAGAGUGUGGGCGCUCGUUCCGCGACCGCAAUUCCCUGCUGAAGCACAUGAUUAUUCACCAGGAGAGGCGGGAGAAGCUCAUAGAGGAAAUCAAGGGGCUCAACGAACUCAAGGACGAGGGCCGCAAUGCCAGGCUUCAGUGCCCGCAGUGCAUUUUUGGGACCAACUGCCCCAACACGUUCGUACAGCACGCCAAGACGCACGAGAAGGACAAACGGUACUACUGCUGCGAGGAGUGCGACCACAUGGCCGUAACGGAACACGAGCUGGAGGCCCACCUGUACACGGCUCACCGCAUCACACGGAAACCCCAGUAUGUCACGAUGAGCAAGCGUGACGGUUCAAAGGAGCGCCGCAAGUUUGCCGUCGCGAAGGGCGGCCACGGUGCGCCCGAUGCCCCCUCGCUCAACUGCAAGACGUGCGCCUUCAGCACUCGCAACAGGAACGUCCUGAAGAAACACGUGGAGCUCAUCCACCAGCAGCCGUUUCUCCAGGACGCCGAGAGUCCCCCGUACGACUCGAACAACUAUGCAGCACCCGGGUACGAGCCGCACAAGUUGGCAGGGAAGUCGCAGAAGGAAGCAGCUCGUAGGCUGCAGCUAAAGCCAAAGUUCUUGGUGGAGAAGCAGGCGUUCAGGAAAAAGUCGGAAUUGCCUUUUUGGUCCGAAGGCCUGGCGCACCUCUUCAGAAAGGGCAAAACGACCCAGAAGGCCCGCAAAGGUUUCAACUCCCCGCUGUCCAAGUGGACAGCUGGCAAUUCAUUGAACAAGCUGUCGCUGUCCUUACGGAGAGGUGACAAGCAAAGCAAAUUAUCUCCUCAGCAGGUUGACGGAAUAGAUGUCACCACGGGACUCCCGUAUGUCGACGACGGGUACGAUGACGACCAAGGUUACGGAAGCCUGUUUUCAGGAAACUCUGAGAAGACAAACUCGCUGUCCAGCUGCUACAAGUCGCCGCCACCCAAAACGGAGAAGUCCAAUAGUAUUUUCUAUCCUGGGUACGAGUCCGAGAAAGGCCGGGCCGACGGCGAGGACCCCGACAGCAGGCUGCUGCAUUUGGAGCCGCCGGUUUUGAAGAAGUCGCCUUCUAAGCGGAAAAUGUCCACUCCGUUUCGCAACACCACGGACAAAGCAACCCACGUGCUGUUAGCAAAGCACGAGGCUACCCCGAAGAAGCAGGAGAUGCCCGGGAGUGUGGAGAACGCAGGGUACGAGGACCCGUACGACUUCAGCGACUACACCAGCGAGGCCACCGCUAACUUCUUGGACAGCACGGAGAACGAAGAAAACCCCUACGCGCGCAACUAUUUCAUUCGCAGGCAGAGGUUUCCCGCCAAGGAAGACAGGGGCUCCUCCGGCGACGCAUUCGACAGAAGCUGCCACUCGGAGAACGACGGCGACGCCAUCCAGAAGCUCAUUGUCAAGGAGGAGUGCAUCGAAACCGAUGUUUCCGCGGAAGCCUCGGGGCCCGAUGGGGCCCUGCACAGUGACUCUUUCUCGGACUUCGACGUGCCCAUGUUUGGGGCCGAGCGCAAGUCCUGCCCCUACUGUCCCGCCGUGUUCGAGUCGGGGGUGGGGCUGUCCAAUCACGUGCGAGGACACCUACACAGGGUUGGCCUGAGUUACGAUGCGCGCCACGUGGUGUCGCCGGAACAGGUGGCGUCUCAGGACAGGAGGCCUCGAAUACGCCGGAAAAUUACUGCCAUUCGGCGGUUGAAAAAAGUGCACAAGCCCGAGUCGCAGUCGGAGCACACGUGCCCGUUGUGCGGCGGCUGGUUCGACACCAAGACGGGCCUCUCCAAUCACGUGCGUGGCCACCUGAAGCGAAUCGGGAAGACGGUGUCCAGCACUAGCAAGUCCCCGCUAUGCAUCCUCAACGAGAUGAUGCAGGACGAGAAGGAAUACCAGCACAUCCUGCAGGUGCUGAACAAGAAGCGCUUCCUGUCGCGCCCCUUCGUCUCGCAGAAGUUUGCCAGCAGCGAUGGCCUCUUCCUGUCCCCCACGGGCAUCCCGGUGAAGAUCCAGCACGUGGGCCUGGACUGCAAGGCGUGGGGCGCGCCGCCGCCGUCGUUGCACCCGGAGCUGGACGACCUGGAACCGAGGGGGGAGGAGGAGAACGAGGUCGGGGCCAGGGGUCCCCCGUCAAGCGCGUUGAUCGAACUGCUGAAGAAGAAGAAGCUGGACGAGGAGUUGGAGAUGAGGAACCGCUCGCAGACCGCACGCAAGUGUCUUGGCGGUUCUCCACCCAAAGAGCGCGGAGGACUGACUAACUCGUUGGGGGCGGAAACCGGCUGGACACCAGAGAAAACCGAACUCAACAAGAAGGUGUGCAUGCACUGUAACACCACGUUCCACAGCGCGGUUAGCCUGUCCAAUCACCUUCGGGCGUACGCGCGGCGCAAGAGAGCCGCCCUGCUGGAAGGCACAACCUACGACUGCAAACAGAAGAAGCAGAGAUCAAGGCCCGGGCCCAAGAAGAAGAUUUUUGCGCUGCCGCACACGGCAGAUGAGAUCUACAGACUCACCUGCAGGUUCUGCGACCUAGUCUUCCAGGGUCCCCUCUCAGUCCAGGAGGACUGGAUCAAGCACUUACAGAGGCACAUCAUGAACACGAGCGUGCCGCACACGGGCGCCGGCAUGGUGGAGGUCACGUCCGUACCCAUAGACCCUCCCCGGCGGCCUGAGCCGCUGGCCCCGCCGCUCGUGUCCCAGGUGGCCUCCUAA